UUAUUAUUAUCUUUUUUUCUAGCAUGUUUCAUGAUAACAAUGAUAACAAUGUUAUCAGACAAUGACAUGUUUAUUUAUACCAUAGAUUUAUAUUAUUAAUAAUAUAAAUCUAUGAUUUAUACAUAGAAAUUGUCUGCGAUAGUGUGAUUAUUUUUCUCACUUUUAUGAUUAUAAUAUUUGUAAUUAGUAAUUACUGUUUGGUGAUUUUUAUGAAUAUUGAAUAUUUCGGUUUUGUUUUAAUUUGUUAAAUUCAUCGAUCAGUAUGAAACGAAUAAGUGAUUAUUUUCGUAGUGACAAGGAUUUACACAGUUCCCAAAAAAAAACAAAAAUUGAAAAUACCGAUACUGGUAAGCACACAGUAAAUGUUUUUGAUACUUUGGAUGCAUGUUGUGGGAUAAUCUUCCCAACAAUUAAAUCCUUAAUUUCUAUACUUGCUAGUUUGCCAAUUAGUACUGCUUCCGCUGAACGCAGCUUUUCCACUUUGCGCAGAUUAAAAACAUGGUUGAGAUCGCGAAUGGGCGAACAUAGGCUGACUGGCUUGGCUUUAUUGCACACGCAUAAAGAUAUUAUUGUAAACAUAGAAGAAGUAAUUAAUAGAUUUGCAAAUGAAAAAAAAAGAAACGUACAAUUAUUAUUAUAAUUAUACCUAUUUUUUAAUAAUACAUUGUCAUAGCUAUUUAAAAGAAAUAAAGGUACCUACAAUUAAUUUUAAGUGUUGUACUUCUUUUUCCAUAAAUUACUUACGGUCAAGUCUUCAUUGCCGGGGCAACAGCAGGAAAUGCUUUUUUUUUGGGGGGGGGGGGGUUGA